AUGUCGAGUGAGCAACCUGCGGGCGCAGAGCGUCCACUGGACUCUGCCCCCCACACUGGACCCAAUCAACAUGUAGAUCCAACUCAAGAGCAUCAAGAUGCAGAAUCAGCACCUGACUCCGGUCGGUCUUCCAUGUCCUAUACAAGGGCAUACUCGACGCCAGCGACCGGGGCACAAACCCCUGAUCCUUUAAUGGGAACAGCCAUUGUCGACAACGUCGCCUUGCAAAAUCUAUCAUUCAAGAAGAUGGGCCAGGACCCAGAUGCGCCCUACAUCGUCGACACCAAGAGCCCCCAAGUCAUCAACCGAAGAGCUUCAAUCUCGGGAUCCCGCAGUCGGGACGAUGUCGCCGACGAAGCGGCCCCGAUCCGAAGCAGGCAAGGCAUCCCAUCCGAGAUCCCGAACUUCACGGCAGAGCUCAUCCUCGUUUUCGUCUGCUCAGCGGGCCUAAUGUUAUUCUCAUUCUUGCUUGGGGACAUGCUAGCUCCCCAAGAACAAAUCAAACAAGCCCUCGGUAUCACGAAUACCCAGCUCCCAUGGGUGGUCGGCGCUUUCAACGUUGCGAACGGCCUGUCGGUUAUCAUCUCCGGCUCGCUAACUGACCUCGCACCGCCAAAACUGUUAAUGGUCGGAGCGUUCGCAUGGCUCGCCGUGUGGAAUAUCAUUGGUGCAUUCACCCUGCACCCAUCCCGCUAUGUUCUAUUCUUCGUUAUGCGGGCCAUGCAGGGCUUGGCAAUCGGCGUCUUGGUUUCUGGAAGUAUGAGCAUCCUCGGACGCGUCUAUUCGCCAGGCAUCCGCAAGAACCGCGUCUUCUCCGCGAUGGCAGCAUGUGCGCCAUUUGGCUUCUCCCUCGGUGCCAUCCAAGGCGGUGCUCUAUACCAACACCUACCCUGGAUCUUCGGCUCAAACGCCAUCAUCUGCGCUCUGCUCUGUGUGGCAGCAUGGUUCAGCAUCCCACCGUUGCGACCUGUCGCUGACGUCGCCGGAGCAGAAGCACCAACGCUCCGCCAAUUCGACUACCUAGGUGGUUUCUGCGCCGCUGGCGGAUGCGUCUGUCUCCUCUUCGGACUGACCCAAGGCCCCGUCGCCUCGUGGCAGCCAUACACCUACGUCCUGAUCAUCGUCAGUCUAUUUCUAUUCAUUGGUCUAUUCUUCGCCGAGCGCCGCGCAGUCAGACCCUUGAUUCCAAACCGCCUGUGGAAAACACCAGGCUUCACCCCAUUGAUGAUAGCCUACUUCCUAGGUUUCGGUUCCUUCUUCGGCUGCUGGCAAUUCUACGCCAUCCAAUUCUGGCUCCGAAUCCAACAUGCGACCCCCAUCGCCGUGGCCCUCUACCACAUCCCGAACGCCCUAGUCGGCGUCCUGGCAACAUGGAUCGUCAGUCGAAUUCUCCACCUCGUCCCGGGCCAUUACAUCUACGCCGUAUCAAUGUUUGCCUUCACGCUCGGCCCGGCUUUCUUUAUUCCGCAGACUGCAAACACCAUCUACUGGGCUCUUUCUUUCCCGGGCAUUGCGCUUGUCACAUUCGGUCCAGAUCUUGCUUUUGCAGCCGCGUCGAUUUUCAUCACGAGUAGUGUGGCCCGUUCUUAUCAGGGCAGUGCGGGUGCCUUGCUGGUUACGAAUCAGAAUCUUUCCUCCGCUAUUAUGACUAGUGUUGCUGAUGCUAUUGGCACGCGUGUUGACCGGGGUCCAUCUGGUGAGAUUGGGCUUAAGGGGUUGCAUGCUAUUUGGUGGUUUGCGCUUGCGGCGCAGCUGCUUGCUGCUCUCGUUACGAUUGUUUGGGUUCGGAUUCCUAAGGAGGAAGAGAAAGAGCACGUUACUUGA